CCCAGCUACAUUUUUUAAUUUUGUAUCAAGUGAAGUUUGUAAAACACCACCAUGAAACUGAAGUUACCAAACCCGGGACUGGAGGACAGAAUCCCUUCUCACAAAGACCUGGAGAGGAUGGAGAGGGAGGAGGCUGGGGACAGACCAAAAUGGGACAACAAAGCCCAGUAUCUGCUCACCUGUGUGGGGUUCUGUGUUGGGCUUGGUAAUGUCUGGAGGUUCCCCUACCUGUGUCAAAGCCAUGGAGGAGGAGCGUUUAUGAUUCCGUUCCUAAUCUUGCUGGUUCUUGAGGGAAUCCCACUGCUGCACUUAGAGUUUGCCAUUGGUCAGCGCCUGAGGAAAGGCAGCACAGGAGUAUGGAGAUCGAUCAACCCUCACCUGACAGGAGUUGGUAUUGCAUCCAUGCUUGUCUCUCUUUUGGUGGGUAUGUACUACAACACCAUCAUGGCCUGGAUCAUGUGGUACCUCUUCAACUCUUUUCAAGAUCCUUUGCCCUGGAGCCAAUGUCCUCUCAAUGCCAACGGGACGGGAUUGGUGGAGGAGUGUGCAAGGAGCACCACUGUUGACUACUUCUGGUAUCGAGUGACUCUGAACACUUCGACAGCUAUCGAUGAGGCUGGAGGUCUGCAGUGGUGGAUAGUUCUGUCCCUGGUAGCAGCCUGGACGUUGCUCUAUGUUUGCUGCAUCCGUGGCAUUGAGACAACUGGCAAGGCUGUGUACAUCACCUCUACUCUGCCAUAUUUGGUGCUCACCAUCUUCCUCAUCAGGGGACUGACUCUCAAAGGCUCUGUAGAUGGAAUUAAGUACCUCUUCACACCAGAUGUAAAUGAGUUAAUGAAUCCGGCGACAUGGUUGGAUGCAGGAGCUCAGGUCUUCUUCUCUUUCUCUGUGGCUUUUGGAGGGCUCAUCUCUUUCUCCAGUUACAACUCUAUCCACAACAACUGCGAACAAGAUGCCGUCCUCAUCGCCAUCAUCAAUGGCUGCACCUCUGUGUACUCUGCAACAGUUAUUUACUCCAUCAUUGGCUUUAGGGCUACACAAAUUUUUGAUGACUGCUUGGGAGGCAACAUCCUGAAGCUCAUGAAUGCUUUUAACUAUCCUGAGGACAGCAUCACAGAAAGCAACUAUAAUACAGUUCUAGCCGAACUCAACCAAACAAAUCCAGAUAUCAUCCAAGGAUUGCAAUUACAGACCUGUGACUUGCAGACUUUCUUGAGUCAGGGUGUGGAGGGAACAGGUUUGGCCUUCAUCGUGUUCACAGAAGCCAUUAUCAAGAUGCCAGUUUCCCCUCUCUGGGCCGUUCUUUUCUUUGUCAUGCUGUUCUGUCUCGGUCUCUCUACCAUGUUUGGGAGCAUUGAAGGCGUAGUGGUUCCUUUGCAAGACCUCAGAGUGCUGCCUAAGUCUUGGCCCAAAGAAGCUUUCUGUGGUCUGACUUGCUUGAUUUCGUUUGCUUUGGGGCUCAUAUUUGCUCUGCGCUCAGGAAACUACUGGUUAGCUCUUUUUGACAACUUUGCAGGCUCCAUCCCGCUUUUGGUCAUCGGAUUUUGUGAAAUGAUUUCAGUUGUCUACAUCUAUGGCAUAGAUAGGUUCAACAAGGACAUUGAGUUUAUGAUCGGCCACAAACCCAACAUCUUCUGGCAGGUGACAUGGAGAGUGGUCAGCCCACUCAUUAUGGUCUUCAUCUUGAUUUUCUACUUUGUCACCCAAGUCACCAAGACCCUCACCUAUUUGGUCUGGGACCAGGAGGCGGAGAGCUUCCCCACCCUUGAAGAGCGUCCUUAUCCAUCCUGGGUCUAUAUCAUCAUCUUUAUCCUAGCUGGCAUUCCAUGUUUAGCCAUCCCCUUCACUGCUCUCUUCAAAUUCAUAAAAAGAAAAUGUUGCAAUCAGAAGGACUACAGCAGUGAUACACUGGAAACCAUCUCUGCCAAAAUACAAAUGAACGACACAAUGAAGUGUUAAGCAGCUUUAACUUAAUGUGGAUUUAAAGUCGACUUGUAUGCUGCUUUUUUUCACACCUGGAGGGAAUAAAUAUAUAUUAUAGUAACGACAGCUUUAAAAAGAAAGAAAAAAAUAUCAAGCUGUUUUUAGUAAAAAGAUUUUAAGUAAAGUAUAAUUGAUACUGUGAUGUUAGUUUCCUUCUGUAACAUGUUCAGUGUGUCAUUAUACAUUGUACGUUUACAGAAUAGUUGGCCAUUGUGGGAUAUUUGCUUCACAUUAAACUAUUAUUUUACCUAAACAUAUAAUGCUAUUACAAAAAUACAUUACAAACAUAUCCAGCAGAAGCUGUGCUAUGAAGAGCAAAAAACAUAUAUAAAACAUACAAAAACAUACAAAAUCCAAGACCAAAACCAAACAUUUUAUCCAGAAAGGCAAGUUAUUAAACUACAUAAUAGCACAUGAAAGAACAGGCUGAAUAUGUGUACAGUGUGUUAACGUAACACCAAGGUUUCCUCAAGGAUUUUUUUAAACUGUGAGGGAGAACUAGUCUCCGUAUUACAUUUAAUGAACAGCUGAUUGAGGUGCUGAGAAAGUACGAAAAUGUAUACUUCACAUUUGGCAUUUAAAGACACCUACACUGCUGUGUGCACAGCCCUGCCCUGACACAGACCAAGUUUCAUGUUAAAUAUGAAAUAACUGAGUCAGUUGUUUAUUGCACAUAACAACACAGACAGAUUUCCUUUUUUGGUGGCAUUUUGUUUGUAUUCAGUCUUUCCCAGUUGUCUUAAAGUUAAUGUUUUAGUUAUUCUUUCAGUGUUACAUAUACCAUGGUUAUCCCAAACUUAGAGCGCCCUCUCGUGGCUGAAGACGGUAACAAUUACUCCUCGAUUCUUGUCAGUUGGUAUGAAUUAACAUUUAAAAACGUGUUAAAUUAUAUAUUUAAGGCGCACCUGACUAAGUCGCAGGACCAACAAAACUAUGGAAAAAAGUGUGACUUAUAGUCUGGAAAAUAUGGUACUCUGUUUCACACAUGACAGGAAGAGUUAAUAAAGAUACAAUUCCAAUAAAAAUUCACCCCAAACAAAAGCUAAAACAGUGUGGACUGAAGGACUUUUGUGUUUCAAUGGGGGGAGUUGAAUCUGAACUAGCGUGUCAUUACAUCAAACUCCACCUGAAUACAAGCUAACUGAUCAAGAUGGCGGUGGAUCUACAACUCCCAUGCACUGUGAGCUAAAAUUACAUUUUAAUAGAGUCUACCUAAAAGGCUCUGUGAAGGUGCAACAGCUUAUGUGAUCUGAAGAGAAUUUUCUGCUACUAUCAAUGUUUUGCA